GCAUUUCCAUCGGACGUCAACUCAAUUCUUAGCAGAGUUACGUCAGUGCAUCGAUUACCAAGAGCAACGCUUGAGCUGUUCAGAUCUUGAGUCAGAUCUUGGUUCUUAGCUGAUCCUCUACACAGAUAAUUAAAGAUCAUGGGUGUCCCCGCUGGUGAUGUAGAAAAGGGCAAGAAGAUCUUCGUCCAGAGAUGUGCACAGUGUCACACCGUGGAAGCUGGUGGUAAACACAAAGUAGGACCCAAUUUAAGUGGUCUCAUUGGAAGAAAAACGGGACAAGCCGCCGGAUUCACUUAUUCGGACGGUAACAAAGCCAAAGGAAUUAUCUGGAACAAGGAUACUCUGUUCGAAUACUUGGAAAACCCAAAGAAGUACAUUCCUGGUACAAAAAUGGUGUUCGCUGGAUUGAAGAAACCUCAGGAGCGUGGGGAUCUAAUUGCAUAUCUGGAGUCAGCUUGCAAGUAAAUAAUUAAAAAAGGAGGCUUAAAUGUUGGCAUCAAGUGUGACUGAACUCCUGGCAGUUUCAUCCGUUCAUAUUAAAUAGUUGAAUUAAAAAUUUCAAUGUCAACGUCACAGUCUGACAAUCUUGCUGAUGUAAAUGUAAAGAUCAAUGCAAGACGAUCCUCACGGAAAAACAAUGCUAAUGUAACUCAAUGAGACGCUGGUGCGUUUGAAACUAGUAAAUGAAUUGCUAAAAAUAAGUAGGUAAAAUAAUAAAUCGAUGAAACACCAACAUUGAUAUUAAUUCACUUUAACUCAUGUGUUAUUGAAUUAUGUCGACGUUGUGGACACUGUAUUAUUCUGAAUCCGAGUGGUUCAAUAUUUAUUGUCAUUGUAUUUUUGUUUUUCCGUAAAAAUUGUGUCAAUCUGUACAAAUAAACCAUCGAUGGGUUGAAGACUCAGUAUCAAAAUACAAA